AUGACUUUAACUCCGUAUAAUGGGUUAGGGGAUCCAAAGCAGCAUAUCAAAAAAUUCCGAUCUAUCAUGAUUGUUAACAGUGCAUCUGACCCUAUUUUAUGCCGUUGUUUUCCGUCCUUUUUAGAUGGUCCUGCACUUGACUGGUUUUGCUCUUUGCCUGCAUAUUCAAUUUCACGUUUCCAGGAGUUAGCAAAGCAAUUUGAAGAUCACUUUGCAGCGUCAGCGAUAUAUUUGCAUGACUCUGACUAUUUGACGACUGUUAAACAAGGCCCUCAAGAAAGUCUGAAGGACUACAUUACCCAUUUUACGAAGAUAGCCAUGCAAAUUCCCGAUCUUCAUCCUGAAGAAGCCAUCGCAGUAGCCAAGCCGAAGACUUUAGCUGAGUUUCGAGAGAAGGCCAAAGGACAAAUUGAUAUUGAGGAGCUUCGCCAGGCUCGCAAGGCUGAAAAGUCGGCAACUACUAAAGACGACGAUAGGUCUCGGGAUAGUAAGAAGAGUUUCAGACCCACUCCCCGUUAUGAGACGUACACCCAGUUUAAUGUGAAAAGAGACGACAUUAUUAAAGAAAUUUUGAAUUCCAAGUUGAUUAAACCUCCUCGUAAAGCUGGCAGUUAUCCCGAGCCGAAGAAUGUUGACAAAUCCAAGUAUUGCACAUUCCAUCAGAAGUAUGGUCACACAACCAACGAAUGUGUGAUCACAAAAGUCCUUUUGGAGCGCUUAGCAAGACAAGGACAUCUUGAUAAGUUUAUCUCAGGUCAUAUGCAGAAAAGAACCGUUCCUACUUCAGAUCUGUCCCAUGCAGGACCAUCAUCAAAGGACAAGGAAAAGGCCCCUGCUCAACCUAGGGGCAUAAUCAAUUGCAUCUCGGGCGGUUAUGCUGGGGGUGGAUAA